AUGUCUCAGGUUGUUGCAGGAGAACACGAUCUCUUCGAACCAAGUGGACAUGAGGUUGAGGUCGACGUGACGAGAAUGGUCAAACAUGAGGCAUACGACGAGUUCGAACUCACCUAUGACAUCUGUCUUCUCUGGCUGGCAACUUCCUUGAGUUUCAACGACUACAUUGCUAAUGCAACCAUGCCCUCAGCGAACGAUGAUUGGGAAGAUGGUGCUAAUAUGACCGUGUCCGGUUGGGGAUCAACGCAGGAAGGAGGAGCAAUUUCUGACAUCCUUCUAAAGGUGAACGUGGCCAUCGUGAAUGACACUGCUUGCGACGAGGCCUACGCUGAAUUCGGAGGCAUUGACGCAGACGCACACAUAUGCGCCGGCACUAUGCCAGAGGGUGGCGCCGAUUCUUGCCAG